CUAUCACACACCAGGGGCAAGUGGCCGGUCCUGAGUGAGGAUCCCUGUGCCGGUCCCAGUGGUGGGGGCCAUGAGCUCUGUGCUGGCGAUCUUCUUACAGGAACUCCCCGGCCCGGUCCUGAUCCUGGGGAUCUUCCUGCCUGUGACCUUGCUGCUCCUCCUCCUGAUCGCCUACUUCAGGAUCAAACUGAUGGCAGUUGAAGAACAACUAGCUCAGAUGUCUGGUCACCAGAACAAGUUUGGUUCUUCCCCACACAAGAGAAUGAGACAAAGGUGAUGAUUGGUAUCAUGCAAUGGACAAAGCAUCAUGAAUUAAAGGUCACAGAGCAGCAGUCAACAGAACCACCAGGCAACGAGAAAGAACAGUGAACACAUCAGGUGCUACCAGAGGACUUCCGUGUGAGCCCAUGUUAACGGCAGAUCCUUGGAAAGUACCAUGAACUUAUAACUUCUCUUUAACAUGCUCAAUGUACUAGGCAUUCCAUGAGUUUUCCUUCACUGUGACUAUGUUUAUUUACUUUGCAGGGAAUAUUUUUAAAAUAAAAUUCCUAGGUCUCACCAUA